AUGGGCGGCCUCUGCUCCAAGGAGGGCAUCGUGGAGGCGCCGCCUGCCGCCCCACACCCCGUUGCGCACCUGCAGAAGGCGUCAAGCCAGUCCCUCAAGCAGCUCAUCACACUCACCGCCAAGGAGGAGGACGCUGUCGUCGUGCACGCCAUCAUCUUCCAGACGGAGUCCAACGCCAAGGCCAACGGCGGCAUCGUUGCGCCCACUCUGCCCAAAGACGCCAUGGAGAAGACCGCGCCUCCCGUGGUGGUCAUCACAUCCCUUAGCAAGUCCUACAGCCCUGCUGGGGUGCCCACGCACCACCGGUGCACCACGGUGGACAUUGGCGGGAACAACAACAGCGCGGCUGCGGACUGUGGCGGCGGCGCGCAGGCGCAGCAGUACAUGGAGCACGACCUCGCCGGCCUCGCCAUGCUGUCCGGGCAGCGCUUCAUGGAGCCGCAGGUCAAGUGCUUCAUGCGCCAGAUCCUCGAGGGCCUACGCCACUGCCACGCGCGUGGAGUUCUGCACCGGGACAUCAAAGGCUCCAACCUCCUCAAGUCCUCAUCGGCGACAAUGGCGUGCUCGGAUCACCGACUUUAG